UGGGGCUCUGAUGCUGUAACAAACCACAGCGUUAAAAAUGAUCCACAAACAGUAUCCAAACGGUGCUGUCCUGAGCUUAGGGGGGGGGGGCUUAUUUCUCAGUUGACAAAAACAGAAAGCCGCGAGUUAUUCAUUUAUAAGAAGCGUAAAGGGAGCUGUCCAUUCGCUGCGGUGCUGACGUAUGGUGGCGCCAUUUUUAAAGACAAAAACAAAACGGUUGUUGCUCUGUCCUCGUCGACCCGUCCCUGUCCCUGUGCUUCCUCCUCAGAGUCACAGCCUCAGGCAAAGGAGGAGACCGUAGAGGAGAGACUCUCCAUGUUUGGCGGAGAGAUGUCUGUGAUGGGCAAAAACAUGGCUGAGAGGGUCAUGGCCACCUUACAGGAAAUUAACAGUGAACACCAGGAACUGGUUUCAGAGGGUGAGGACCAAGUUUUAGGAAAUCUUUCAGUAGACAAGAUGCAUGUGAAAGAGCUUGUGCUCAGUCUCAUCCUGCUAAUGCAAGCAUGUGGCCCACUUUUGGCCCAGACGGCAGCCCCAGACCCACCUGACUCUCCCGGAAUACUGCAGAGGCUGACAGAGAGAGCCAGGGAAGCCAAAGCUAAAGUCCAGGAUUUGGGGGGAACAGUGCUGGACUUUGUUGGUGCUUACUACGGAGACCACAUCCAACCAGUGACUGACACCUAUGUUGAAUGGGCCUCUGAUAUCAAAAGCUCUGCGUGGGAGAAGAUCCAGACAACUUUUGAUAAUUAUAUGCCAAAGAUGGCAGACUAGUCCAGCUGAUCAGCCACCACAAUAAAACUAAAGAAAAGCUGUCAAUAAAAUUAUAUUCUUAUCACAUGACAUCACAGAUUUCUAACAGUCUCUGCUGAAAAUCAUGUUUUAAGGUUUCACCAAACUUUGCCGCUUGUCAAAAUGUCAAAUACAGAAAGAAUCAAAUUAAGCUACAGUAAAACCCAAAGAGCUCGAAUUGCUUCUGUAGUUCGUGCCGUGUACUAACAGCUUGUACUGCAAGAAAGGCAACGAGAAAAGUUAAUAUCACAAGAGGUUUUGCUACUGAAUGAAUAAAUGUUCUCAUCUUUUCAUGA